ACAAUUGUCGGAGGAAUGCUGGCCUUCCAGAUUAAUUUUCUGGGCGUGGGAGAAAGUUCCACAUUGCGCCUGGGCUAGGCGAGGGAUCAGGUCUGCUCUUCUCAGAAAUCCCGACAGGGCAAGGCCCUGAAACGCCACAGCCGCAGUCUCCAUUUGGCAGCAGCUCUGUUUCUAUGCAUUCCUGGCUCAGAGGGUGACCCCGUUACACAAACUAGAACUCUGUAGGUCCCUCCUUUAGUGUAUGAAAUGGCCAACGUUACACAGAUAUCCAAAGAUGAACUAGAAGAACUCAGAGAGGCCUUUGCCAAAGUUGACCUCAAUAGCAAUGGGUUUAUCUGUGACUAUGAACUACACGAGCUCUUCAAAGAAGCCAACCUGCCUCUUCCUGGCUACAAAGUCAGGGAAAUAAUUCAGAAGCUCAUGAUUGAUGGUGACAAGAAUAAAGAUGGAAGGAUCAGCUUUGAAGAAUUUGUUUAUAUCUUUCAAGAGGUGAAGAGCAGUGACAUUGCUAAAACGUUCAGAAAAGCCAUCAACCGGAAAGAAGGCAUUUGUGCUAUCGGUGGUACAUCUGAGCUGUCUAGUGAAGGCACUCAGCACUCUUACUCAGAGGAAGAAAAAUACGCCUUUGUGAACUGGAUAAACAAAGCCUUAGAAAAUGACCCAGAUUGCAGGCAUGUCAUUCCAAUGAACCCAAACACAGAUGAUCUCUUCAAAGCUGUUGGGGAUGGAAUUGUUCUGUGUAAAAUGAUCAACCUUUCUGUUCCUGACACAAUUGAUGAAAGAGCAAUCAACAAGAAGAAGCUGACACCAUUCAUAAUUCAGGAGAAUUUGAACUUGGCUCUAAACUCCGCCUCUGCCAUUGGGUGCCACGUGGUCAACAUUGGAGCAGAGGAUUUGCGGGAAGGGAAGCCGCACCUGGUCCUGGGACUCCUGUGGCAGAUUAUCAAGAUUGGCUUGUUUGCAGACAUAGAGCUCAGCCGAAAUGAAGCUUUGGCUGCUUUGCUUCGAGAUGGGGAAACCUUAGAAGACCUGAUGAAAUUGUCCCCUGAGGAGCUGCUCCUGAGAUGGGCAAACUUCCACUUGGAAAAUGCUGGGUGGCACAAGAUCAAUAACUUCAGCUCAGAGAUUAAGGACUCCAGGGCAUAUUUCCAUCUCCUCAACCAAAUUGCACCCAAAGGGCAGAAAGAAGGAGAGCCCCAGAUUGAUAUUAACAUGUCUGGCUUCAAUGAGAAAGAUGACUUGAAGAGGGCUGAGUGCAUGCUGCAGCAGGCAGACAGGCUGGGCUGCCGGCAAUUUGUUACUCCAGCGGAUGUUGUCAGUGGCAACCCUAAGCUGAACCUGGCAUUCGUUGCAAACUUGUUUAACAAGUACCCAGCACUCACCAAGCCUGAGAACCAGGACAUUGAUUGGACCCUGCUGGAAGGUGAGACCAGAGAAGAGAGAACAUUCCGCAACUGGAUGAAUUCCCUUGGAGUAAACCCACACGUCAACCACCUCUACGGAGACCUGCAAGAUGCACUGGUGAUCUUACAGCUCUACGAAAAGAUCAAAGUUCCUGUAGACUGGAAUAAAGUCAACAAGCCCCCGUACCCAAAACUUGGAGCAAACAUGAAAAAGCUAGAAAAUUGUAAUUAUGCCGUAGACUUGGGGAAGCACCCGGCAAAGUUCUCCCUGGUUGGCAUUGGUGGGCAGGAUCUUAACGACGGGAACCCAACCCUCACGCUGGCUUUAGUCUGGCAGUUGAUGAGAAGGUACACCCUGAAUGUCCUUGAGGAUCUUGGAGAUGGUCAAAAAGCCAAUGAUGAUAUCAUUGUCAGUUGGGUGAACAGGACCUUGAGGGAAGCGGAGAAAUCGAGUUCCAUUCAGAGCUUUAAGGACAAGACUAUCAGCAGCAGCUUGGCAGUUGUGGAUUUGAUUGAUGCUAUUCAACCUGGUUGUAUAAAUUAUGACCUUGUAAAGACAGGAGAUCUAUCAGAAGAAGACAAACACAGUAAUGCCAAGUAUGCUGUGUCAAUGGCUAGAAGAAUUGGUGCCAGAGUUUAUGCUCUCCCCGAAGACCUCGUAGAGGUGAAGCCCAAGAUGGUGAUGACCGUGUUUGCUUGCUUGAUGGGCCGAGGAAUGAAGAGAGUUUAAAACCUGGCUCCACACCAAAGCGCCCAAACGUCCACCUCCCCUUCGGCUCGCGUCUUGCGGGAUCAGCCUUUUCAGCCUGAAGUGCUGUCAGCCCUCAAGAACUGUCCAAGCGGUUGUUUAUUUUUUGUUUGUUUGUUUUUAAGAAAAGGACUCAGAGUUUCGCUUUGCAAGGCAGGAAUGCAGAGAGAAUUUCUGGGGAAGGGGAGUGUUAACUCACAGAACCUCUUUCCAUGGAGUUCCGGGCGUUGUGUUGACACUUCCUUGUUAGGUUUGUCUCCUCACGUGCCUGUGGAAAUGCAUCCGAAUCAGAACAGCUUCCUGGAGCAGCCUGCCAGGAUGAUGACCAAAGUUUUCUCCCCACACAUGCUCAGUUCUUUGGUGAGCUGCUAGAGGUGGCUGGCACCAGUCUUCAGAAAGACACAUCUCGCUCUUCGGUUCUUACAAAUUAAAACAAGGCUUUUUUUUAAAAAAAAAAUCUCAUGGUCCAGGCAUGCGAAGGCUUUGAGUUUUCAUUGAGCUUGCUGUCACUCAGUUGUUACAAAGGCUGUAGCUGGGGCUGGGUGUAAGCCAUGUUCUGUGCUGCAAAAAUUAGAACUUCAAAUUGGGCAAUUGCAUAACUUCUGUUUUGCAUAACUUAUUCUGCAGUUUUAACUAGUUUGCUUAAUUUAGUCAGGGGGAGCUAUGCAAGACUCUGACGCUAACCCUGCCCCCCUACACCCUACUGUUACAGAAACAGGAAAACCUGUUGUGCCUCCUUUCAGGCUUCUGAGAUUUUAAGCAGUCAACACCCACUCACUUCCAAGAUGUCUUUACCGCCACAAGAAAUAGAAGCGUAAAUAAUUAAAGCUUUGAUUCUCAGGAAGUGGGGUUUUGUGCCCAAUAACCAGGUUCUUUGGGUUUUCUGCACUUCUACAACAUCCCAGCAUAUGCAUAGUUCAGGCAACGGCACAGAUGUCGAAGGGUGUAGAGUGUGUGUGAGGGGUGGGGGUGGGGGGAAGAUACUUCCAAAGAUCAGUCUUCCUGCAGUAUUCUUCAUUCAUGGUGCUGCUCGUUUUUCCUGUACAGCCUAGCAAUAUUUUUGAUUACUUUACAGACGUAAGCAUAGCCAGUUUAUUUUUGCUAUGUCCUUUUUAUAAAAAGUUCUUCAUGUGAGAAGUAUCACCUUCCAAGGCUACUGCAUUGCCAAUGGCUUAAUUAAAUCCAGAGAACUGAAUGAAUGCAAUUUUUUUUGUACCAUAGCUUGGGUCUGUUGUUUGCUGAGAUAGUAUUUUUUUUCCUUUUCCCACGACAAACUCCUUUUUUUUUGGAUUUUUAAUUAUUUAAAGUGCUCUUAGAAGUAUGUGAAACUGUGUGAGAAGUGUUUGAUGGAUGGGAUCAGGCCAGCUCCAUAAACGUUAGGGACCAGUAACUUGAAGAGCGGAAUGUGCUGAAACUUAAGAAAGUAUUUUUUUAUAAAUAAACAAAAUGUUGUCACCAAAGAGCGGGGGGGGGGGGGAAGCAUUUUAUCCAUAGGAUCAAGUGUACUUUGGCUUUGGCAAGCUGUUAGCUUAUCCUUCAGAUCCUAUUUGUCUCCCUGGAUCUUCCAAGCAAUGUACUAUGACGGCAAAAGUGUAGAUGAAAUAAAAUCAUUUUAAUAAGGCCAAA